GCUUCCCUCCUGCCCCUCCUGCCGCCCGCCGCUCCCCGCCGUCCCCCGCCGCCCUCCUGCUCGUCCUGCUCCUGCUCCUGGCCGGCCCGCUCGGCGGGGCCCGCGCUUUGACAUGUCUGUGCUCUGACUGCAAACAAGCCAACUCCACGUGUGAGACGGACGGUGCCUGCAUGGUCUCAGUCUUCAACCUGGAUGGAGUCAAGCACCACGUUCGGACCUGCAUUCCUGAGGCAAAAUUGAUUCCUGCUGGGAAACCCUUCUAUUGUCUGAGUUCAGAGGAUCUGCGUAAUACUCACUGCUGCUACUCCGAUUUUUGCAACAAAAUUGAUUUAAUGGUUCCCAGUGGACACCUGAAAGACAAUGAGCCCCCGUCGAGCUGGGGUCCCGUGGAGCUGGUGGCGGUGAUUGCCGGGCCCGUCUUCCUCGUGUUUGUUGUCAUGAUCAUUGUGGUCUUUGUGUUCCAUCACCACCAACGGGUCUAUCACAACCGCCAGAGGCUGGACAUGGAAGAUCCUUCUUGUGAAAUGUGCCUUUCCAAGGACAAGACCUUGCAAGAUCUGGUCUAUGAUCUCUCCACCUCCGGCUCUGGCUCAGGCUUGCCUCUGUUUGUCCAGCGGACCGUGGCUCGGACAAUUGUCCUUCAGGAGAUCAUCGGCAAAGGCCGCUUCGGGGAGGUGUGGCGGGGCAGGUGGCGCGGGGGUGACGUGGCUGUGAAGAUCUUCUCGUCACGUGAGGAGCGUUCCUGGUUCAGGGAGGCAGAGAUCUAUCAAACCGUGAUGCUGAGGCACGAGAACAUCCUGGGAUUCAUUGCUGCAGAUAACAAAGAUAAUGGGACGUGGACUCAGCUGUGGCUCGUCUCUGACUACCACGAGCACGGCUCUCUCUUUGAUUACCUGAAUCGCUACACGGUGACUAUCGAGGGCAUGAUCAAGCUCGCCCUGUCUGCUGCCAGCGGGCUGGCCCACCUGCACAUGGAGAUCGUGGGCACUCAGGGAAAACCUGGGAUUGCUCACAGAGACCUGAAAUCCAAGAAUAUUUUGGUGAAGAAGAACGGCACAUGUGCCAUCGCUGACCUCGGCCUGGCCGUCCGGCACGACUCCGUCACGGACACGAUCGACAUCGCCCCGAACCAGAGGGUUGGAACCAAACGAUACAUGGCCCCAGAAGUCUUGGAUGAAACCAUCAACAUGAAGCAUUUUGAUUCAUUUAAAUGUGCUGAUAUCUACGCCUUGGGCUUGGUCUACUGGGAGAUUGCCCGAAGGUGCAACGCAGGAGGUAUCCAUGAGGAGUAUCAGCUUCCCUACUACGACCUUGUGCCCUCUGAUCCUUCGAUUGAGGAGAUGCGGAAGGUCGUGUGUGACCAGAAAUUGCGGCCAAACAUCCCAAACUGGUGGCAGAGCUACGAGGCACUACGGGUGAUGGGCAAGAUGAUGCGAGAGUGCUGGUACGCCAACGGAGCAGCUCGGCUCACUGCCCUCCGCAUUAAGAAAACCCUCUCCCAGCUCAGUGUCCAGGAAGAUGUGAAAAUUUAGGCUCUGAGCCUCAGCAGGAGGAAACUGCACAGGAGCUGCUGUGCUAGAGUAGACAUGUGAUGGAGGCCUACCUCGUGUUUCAGCCCAACCUACUGCUACAACCAGACAGCGGGACCUGCAGGCUGCUAGGCAGGGGGACGGAGCCUACGGAACCGCUCUCUUCCCUGCUUGGGUAUGAAACAAUCCAAAACCUUUUGUGAUCACCUCCUGAGAGCGUGGAGAUUUGAGAGGGACUUCACCCGAGGGAUCUCAGCCAUGAUCGUAACUCUUUGUUCCUUUAAAGGAAAUCCCUGUAAAGUUCAGCGUGCGUUGAGCACCCAUUGGUGGGGUCGGAGCCAGCCCCGGGUGCUCGGUGCCGGGAGUGGGAAGGGAAAGGGAAAGUUUUCUUGCCGUACUCUCGAGGAUUUUUCCAGGGACUGGCACGUUAAUGCAGAAAAAGCAAAACAAAUGGUGCUCUCUUCCAAGAGGCUGAGCCAGAACAGUUGUAUCAGCUUCACAAAACCGUUCUCCCUCCUUUUCUUAAGCUUGAAAAAAAAGUCCAACUCGGCGCCCUGACGGCCGUCGGGGCGCCCCGGUGUCUGCAUGCGCGAGGUGCGCGUGUCCCCGUGCCUGGUCAUCUCCUCAUAGCCGUGCGGUGUCUGCCUGUGGGUGGCUCAUCUCUGUCCGUGCUUCCUGUGCAUGUGCAAAUCUCGAGUGUCCCGUUUGUGAGCUGUUGCUGGUGCUCUCCGUGCUGAGUCGUGAGCGUCGUGGAGCUUGGACAGGCUGCUGCAGAGCGGAUCCUUGGCUCCCCGAUGGGCGCCGCGGCCGCGCCGUCUCCGCCGCCGGCUGCCACAACGUCCCAUCAGGUUGCCUCACUGCCACCCCUUCCCUUUUUUAAGACAAAACAAAAAUAAGGAACUGAGAAUCACUCCUGGAAUCCAGGUUUUUUUUGUCUUGAGCCCCUGGGGUUUGUAAUUCUGGGUAGCGGGGAGCUGAGUUGUGUCAGAGGCGGAGCAGGCGCUGUGGGGGAGUGCAGGACUCAGUUCUCCUGGGAACACAAUUCCCAACUCCACCACCCAGGCACAUUUCUGGGGGCCUGGUGAUGAUGCAGCGCUGCAGGCUGGGGACAGAGUGGCUGGACAGUGGCCAGGCAGAAAGGGGCUU